GGUGGUUUGUCAGCGGGCGCUUGACAGCCACCUCCAGGGAGGUGAAUGUAACCAAAUGUAGUAUUUAGCCUGCAAUAUCAAAGCUUUUAGAUAAGGGACAGAAAGUUAACUUUUGCGUUACACCGUCACGCGCCUGUCAAACCUCGGUGAAAUGGGAAACGGAAUAAAUAAGGUUCUGCCCGAUUUAUACCUGGGGAACUUCAAAGAUGCUCGAGACAGGGAACAGCUGGCAAGGAACAACAUCACCCACAUUCUCUCCAUCCACGACAGCGCCGCCCCGCAGUUACAGGAGAUGACAUACCUCUGCAUUCCAGCAGCCGAUCUGCCGACACAAAACCUGACCCAGCAUUUUAAGGACAGCAUCGCGUUCAUGCACGAAUCCCGGCUGAAGGGAGAGGGCUGCCUGGUGCACUGCCUGGCGGGCGUGUCCCGCAGCGUCACCCUGGUGGUGGCCUACAUCAUGACGGUGACGGAGCUGGGCUGGCAGGACGCCCUGGCCGCAGUGAGGGUGGCCCGGCCCUGCGCGGGACCCAACAUCGGCUUCCUGCGCCAGCUGGAGGAGUUCCAGAACACUCAGGCUGUGCAGUAUAGGCAAUGGCUGAAAGAGAAAUACAAAGGGAACCCAUUUAACGACGAGGAGGAGAUUAGGAUGCUAUUGGCCAAGAACCCGAGGUCCUGUGCGGAGGCCAGGCCCUCAAGGAACACCUGACAGGCGUCGCCAUGGUGACCGAUCACUGUUUUCAUCGGGACACAGCCACGGACUGGAGCCUAAGCUCCAUGCCAGUCACGUCCUUUCAGUUCUUUCAAGUGUUGGACUGAACUGUGCAUGAGUUUGUUUGUUUUUUUUGUGUACGUUUGUGUGUGUGUGUAUGCGUGCGUUUGUGUGUGUGUAUGUGUGUGGGCGUGGGCAUGUGUGCGUUGUUUGUGUGUGUGUUUAUGUGUGUGUGUGUGUGUGUGUGUGUUGUGUGCGUGCGUGUGUGUGUUGGGCUUUUCCUCUGAAGUAGAUUGGCAAGGAGAGCCAGUAUUGUUGAAUAUCAUGUGCAUUGGAGUUUGUGUUGGCUUGUUUGACAGGAAAAAAACCACUGCUCAACACCACUUUUAACCUAUGUAAAUACAUACAGGAUAUAUAUUGUUCACUCGGUUUUUAUAACAAUAAAUGAUAAUGCCAUUUCAUUGUAAUUUAUGUAAAAAAAAAUCUUACAAGUAUGCAAAACCAAAUUCUAUUUGAAACCUUUGUGAAAUAAUUAUUUUGUAUUUCAUUUUGCACAAUAAUCAAGUUUGUUAGAUAGUAGGUGUCCUGAAUGUCUCAAUGAAUAAAAAAGUUUGAAAGCGUA